CUCGACAAUUUCAGACGUGCAGCAGACAUCGUUGACGGCGGUUGAGACUCGUGCUUGAAUUCGAAAGACUUUAAUUUUCAUAUUCAUCAACUCCGCCAAUAAAGUGCUUGUGAAAAUGGUGUCCGCUCUGAAAUGCAGUUUGGCCAUGGCCAUUAUGAUCAGUCUGGCUUGUUCGGCUUACGCCAUUAAGUGCUAUCAGUGCGAGUCGCUAACGAUGCCGAAAUGCGGUCUAAAGUUUGAGGCGGAUGAUAUGCUGCUGAUGGAUUGUUCCCGGAUGGCUCCCCCUCGCUUCCUGCAGAACUUCUUCCCCGUCCGCAACGCCACUGGCUGCAUGAAGAAGGUGCUUGAGAGCGUGGCCGGACAUCCGCAGAUCGUGAGGACCUGCUACUUCGGCGACAUCAGCAACCAGCAGAGUGGCUGCCAGACGGAUCCCUCGCUGCCCUUCGUGAAGCAACUGGAGUGCAACGUCUGCACCAAGGACGAGUGCAACGGAUCCUCCUCCCUGGCCCCCGUUGCCACCGCCAUCGUCCUCUUCUUCGGCGUGGCCCGCCUCCUGGCCUAGAUCUUCACUAGCUCGUAACUCGCAGUUCCCCAAUUGUUUUUAUUAUUCAAGGAUCAUAUGUUGUGUAAAUUUCUUCUAAAUUUAAUUUGAUAAUAAAAGAAGGACACAAGGUUGUUCUAGUAAUAUACCAA